AGGCAUUCCUCUUCCAUUUAUAUAUGUUCUAAGGAGAGAACGGUGAACCGAAAAGGAUGCUGCCAUGUCUCGGGAUGCGCUUAUGGUUCCUCGAUGCUUUCCGCUUCGGUGAGAGUCAUGUAUAAAGGAACGGGAAACAUAUACGAACGUGUGAAGUGUUGAGGAUAUAAUUUGGACGAUGAUGUUAAUUUAUUCGCGAGAGACGGAUGAAGGUGACUGCUCUGAAGCGGAUUAAUCUGAAUAUCUGUCAUCGAGCAAUCGUAAAGCGGAUUCUUUGGACGGAGGUUAUAAGGCGCCUAAUUAUAAUAAAUAUCAUCGAUAUCCAAAACACUAUGAGGAAUUUCUACGAGGGUGCGAAGGGGAGCACCACGUGUCUACACAAAUGUCAACUGUACACAGCUGUUCCGCCUCGACGAUUCUCGCUCGCACGCCCUCAUCUAUUGGCGUAUCGUUUGACGGAUUGUUAUUUAAACGUGGAGAGCAUAUGGAGGAGAUUUUAACAAUUGCACGACGUUAUGCGUGGCUACUCCUCUCCUUUGACUAGGCGUUGCACGCAAACGGGUGGUCUCGAUCCUCGGAAGGACACACAGGGGUUAUUCCAUAUUUUCAAGUAUCAUCGAACAGGGUACAAAGAUUUCGAGACUAACAGUAGCCCGAGUAGGAUAAUCAAAGUUAGCAAUCAACUUCCUAGAACAGAUUUAUAGUUAAUGUAUAUAUAUAUAUAUUGUUUAUAUAUAUAUAUAUAGCGAAUCUUUAUGCGCAUUUUGUCAUAACGUGACAUAAAAAUUAGUCAAUUGCUAUAGUGCAGGUGUCAUGUGGAAGGUCAUAUUGUACAAUGACGAAUAACACAUACGCCAAUAUACAAUCUAGCAACUAGAUCGAUAGUGAGAUAAGUAGAAAAAGAAACAAUGUCAGUUCCUUCUUGCUCGACGAGUAAAGAGCCGGAUAGUGUAAACGCUAAGGAGAAAGUGAUGUAUGAAAAAUGGGAGCGUUUUAAUAAUUGGGUGCAUUGUAUAUGCAUUGUUACUUUUGAUCUUGAAUUGGGCCAAGCUAUAGAGGCAAUUUAUCCGAGUCAUAUUAAAUUAUCGGAGCAAGAGAGAUCCAAUGUCUGUUAUUUAGCCUUCCCUGACUCCAACUCUGGAUGCAUGGGAGACACUCAAUAUCAUGUUAGAAUAAGACAAAGUAGCAAAAUGAUGCAGAAAACCAGUGCACUUGAAGAAUAUGACAGAAAAUCACCUUCUUUUCUACAAACUGAUAGAGAUUAUUACUGGGGAUACGUAUAUUUUCGGCAAGUGAAGGAUAAGUCUUUGCCAAGAGGAUAUUUCCAAAAGAGUGUUGUUAUAAUUACGAAACUGCCGUUCGUCAAUCUGUUUGGUGAAUUGUGCGCUUUAAUCGCGCCGGAAUUUUUCGAGGCCGGAACGGCACUCAUGGACGCUGUGGUACGCGAGAUCGAUCAGUGGCCCCCUCCAGUUCCAGGGCAGAUAGUUCAUUUACCUCUCAUCGGUGUGUUAUUCCAGACAUACAUCCCAAACCAAAAUUGUAAAGCCACUGUUCCCUCAAUAGCUGCCAUGGAACAUGCACCAAAUGUACACGCAACACGAAGACUGAUGUUGACGUCAGCCUACGAAGGCGACAUGUUUCGGAGUCUAGCCAGUGUUGUUAGUUAUGUACACUUAUUGUGGGAAUUGGUGCUUCUCAGCGAGCCGAUCGUUGUAAUGGCUAGCUCGCCGACCACGUGUUCCGAACUAGUUCAAGCGCUUAUAGCCAUGAUUGCGCCAUUAAAGUACUGCGCCGAUCAUCGCCCGUACUUCACUAUCCACGAUUCGGAAUUUAAGGAAUAUACCACGGAUUCUCCGACGCCGCCUGCUGUAAUCCUAGGCGUGACCAAUCCAUUCUUUGCCAAGACUCUGCAACAUUGGCCGCAUAUCAUUCGGAUAAGCAACGGCAACAACAGCGAAGAUCUAAAAUUCAAAAUCAAGAGGUCCGAAAAUCUGAAGGUGCUGGACUCCAAACCUGGCGUUUAUACUCAGUACAAGUCCUUUCUGCAGAAGGACAAGACCAUUUUGAAGAAAUUGUUCAGGGGCAUUCAGACGAAACGGCCGGGCGAGGUGCAGACCGCGCUCUUGAAACGUCAUUUGAUAGAGCUAACCGAGAGUUUUAUGAUUCCGCUCGAGAGAUACAUCGCGACUCUCAUGCCACUGCAAAAGAACAUAUCACCUUUUAAGGCAACUCCUACACCACAAAUGUUCAAUCCAGAUGACUUCCUAGCUAGCUUAAGUAGCUCUGGUCCGCAAUUGACUACAGGUAUAAAGGGGGAUUGGGUAGGAUUGUACAAACGGUUCUUUCGAUCGCCCAACUUCUCUGGAUGGUUCCAUACUAGAUAUACAGAGUUGAGUCAGCAAUUGCAAGCUAAGCAAUUGGAAAAAUUGUCGCAAGCAGACCUGAAAACGUGGGUGCAGGGAAAGCAAGAAGUGGAGGUAGUCGAUAUGAUUCUUAGGAUUCGCCAAAAAUUGGAGAGAAGCUGCAUCGAUGACGUACCAAUCGAUAACUCGGUGAGGGAGAAAUUACGAGAAAGAAUAAACGACAUUACGCACGUAUUGCCAGAAGAUUUAAAGGUUAUUUUAAAACGCGAAUCUUGACAGUACGAUUACAUUAUUAGUAUUAAAACUCGCUAACGUUACAUUUAGUUCCGCAUAAGCCGGGCUUGUAUUUAAGUCAACUCAGAAACUUAACACAUGUAAGAUAAUUUAAAUGUUCCACUCCAUUUUCCUAUUUAUUAUGACGUAAAUGAUGGAACGAAAAAGAUGUCAGUUAUAUUUAAGCGUUAUAGUUUGAGAAUUUAUACAAUGAAUUUUAUAUAAAAGAUAU